AUGCAAGAAACUGCAAAAAAUAUUUGCAUGCUACUCGAUAGAAAGCUCAGAAGAGAAAGAAGAGAAUGGCUGGACUCGGUGAAAACAGAGGAGAGAAGAAUGGAGUCAAAAAGAAGAAAAGAGCAGCUGUACAAAUCCUACGAAAGAGACGUGGUGGUGCCAAGAGAAAUACGAAAUGACAUAGAAGACGAAAAGCUAACGGCUGAAGAGGCCCUGCAGGAUGCGAUCUACGCGUUUGGGCCAGAGGAAAAAGAGGACGAGUUCACAAAAGCAGAGUCUCGGCCCGUAAUCACCACGUCAAGAUCGCCAUCUGCUCCGCUAAUAAGAUUUGCAAAGAUGCUAAAGCACAUACUCCCCAGCGCAGAGAAAAUAAACAGAGGAAAGCACAUGAUCAAAGAGCUAGUGCAGACAGCAAUAAAGAACAACCACACAGACCUGAUCAUGGUGAACGAGCACAGAGGCAUUCCUUCGUCGCUGAUCAUAUCGCAUCUGCCGCACGGGCCAACGACGUACUUCAGCAUUCACCACCCAAAGAUCGACACAGAGGAGCCCAUAAGCACAGCGGUUCCUGCAGUGGUGUUUGACAAUUUUACGACGCCGCUCGGGAAAAGAGUGCAGAGAAUCCUCUCCUCCCUCUUCCCCGCGCUUACGCCCAGAGAGAAGCCGAAAAGAGUGGUGAGCUUCAUCAACAGAGAAGACAGCAUUCUCUUCACGCACUUCAAAACCAGCUUCACAAAGGGCGAGCCAUCCCUGCAGAAGCAGUCACCGCAGUUCACCCUAAAGCUGUACGAAAUAAGAGCCGGCACCCUGGACAUGACAUACGCAGAGAAAGAGUUCGUGUUUAGGCCGUACCUGAACACCGCCAGGAAGAAGCUGUACCUCGGAGAAGAAACAGACGAUAUAACCACAGAAGAGGCAAAAGAAAAAGAAAAUCAGGAAAAAGAAAAAGAAAAAGACGCCAUCAGAGACGAAGAGGCAGAAGAGAAAAGAGAGAAGAGGCGCUCCUUCAGAGACCACACAAAAAAAGAAGGAAAAGCUCUCCAUCAGCAGAGGAGGAAUCUUGUUGAUAGCAAACAAUAA